AUGCCCGAAAAACUUCUGUUCACGGGCGCCACAGGCUUCAUUGGUGGCACUGUUCUGACACAACUUCUGAACUCUUCCAAUAAAGACAUUGAUGCACUGUCGAUUACCACUUUAGUUCGGAGGCAAGAACAAGCCGAUAUUCUCAGCCAGAAAGGGAUCCAUGCCAUCAUCUUCACGGGCCUAGAUGAUUCUCAAUUUUUGACGAAGAUUGCCAGUGAGCACGACUACGUUAUCCACACGCCGACUGGCUUCCAUACAGGCUCGGCUGUAGCUCUCUUGGAAGGAUUAGCAGAGAGGAAGAAGCAGACAGGAAGAGAUGUUCACUUCAUUCACGUAAGUUUCUGCACCAUUCUGAAUCUUGUUGCGAUAUCUUUAACAAAACCAUGCGUGAGCCAGACAUCGGGAACCUCCAACCUUGCGGAAAGGACGAUCACCCAGCAGUCGGGUGAUAUUCAUCAAUGGUCAGAUAAGGAAAAAGUCUACGAACAUGAGGAAAAGAAAGAAACCCAGGAGGCUUACGGCCAGCGAACAACAGAUAUUGCUGUUGUUAGGACUGCAGAGAAGACUGGAGUCAAAGCAUAUAUCAUGAUGCCUCCAACAGUCUACGGGCGGGGCACCGGCCUCUUCAAUCAAGGAUCAAUGCAAAUUCCUACCAUUAUUCGUGGCGCGAUCAAGGCUGGCGUCCCUGAAUACGUAGGUGAGGGCACAGCCCGUCUUGGGCAUGUUCAUGUUACGGAUCUUGCACUACUAUACGAGCUUAUAUUGAGCAAGGUGCUCUCUAGAAAGACGAUUCCUUCGGGCAGGAGAGGUAUCUACUUCUCCAACACUGGCAGUCACAAUUGGCGAGACCUUGCAACCCUGGUUGGUAAGGCGGGUGCUUCUCUUGGUGCUCUGGAAUCUACAGAGCCUCGGUCGGUUAGCUUGGAAGAAGCUGGAUCGAGAUGGCUGAAUGCGACACCUCAGAUUGCGGAGAUGAAUUAUGCUGCACAGUAA